CGGCUGCCUUCGAGUGUGACACGCGUCCAGAUGCGUGCUCCUGCUUUGUGUCUUCACAUCUGCCUCAUGAGUAAACUUCUGCCCAAGCAGCCUCCGGCUCUUCUUCUGCCCGCCGAGUCCGUUUUCUCAUUAGGCCUCCACGGUCAAAAACUGCUCUUCCCGGCUACCUCACAAACCGUGGCGUUCCGGGCUAGCCACCGCCGGGACCCUCAUUUUCAGGGUCAGCCUAACAGAAAAGCACCGCCGAGGGUCAAAGGGGCUGCGCUCUGCAAGUCCGCCGGGACACUUCCGGGUUCCACGACAACUGGUGUUCCCCUUAAAGCCGCCCUUCAAAGUCUUAGGGACAGGUUUCGCGAUGACACCAUCCGGCGGAAGACAUUCCGGAGGGCGAAAAGAGGGAAAGCUGGUGGGAAGCGCUUGCGCUCAGAGCCCGAGGAGUCGCUUUCUAUUUCGCAGCGGCUGCCGCGAGUUCAGACAAUACUACGGACUUCGGAGUAUCCCGUUAUUUUUGGAGCAGAGUUCUCCUGGGAAAUGCUGCUUUCAAGAUUCCUCGGUUUUCUUUGGGAGAAGCUGGAGAGCUUCAUUAAUCGCAAUCUACUAUGAAUAAUUUGAGUCCGAAAGGCUAACUGUAACUGAACCCAAAGGACCAAUGUAAUCUGAGCUUACAUAUGCACCAUGAAGUUAUUUGGCUUUCUGCCCAACCUCCCCCCAAACAAGUGAAGCAAUAAGAAUGCAACCUAUUGACCAGUCAGCAUCUUCCAAAACAUCCUAUCAAUAGCCUUGGAGAUUUCCUUUCCAGGAGCACAGAGGAGCCUUCAUAAGAUUCCAUGGAAAAUUUUGAAAAUUUAAAUCUUAAGCAGAGGAAGUUAAGAUCAAGUGGGCAAUGAUUCAUGAAGGGUCACAUGGGACAGAAUUCAAAGGCAAUCCUUACAGAAAGCGAAGACCACAUGUGAACCAACAGAGAGAAUGAAAUUUCUUUCUGCGGAACUCAGAAGUCAGCUUUAGAGUGGAUUCAAGAAUCACCCUUGAAUACCCAAAAGGUAUUUGAAUAAAAUGCACUCUGUAAACCAGCCUGAAAGCAAAAGACAGCUAAAGGCUGGGACUGAAACCAAAACAUUCUAGAGUGAAUCUUCAGAGAAUGAAUACACUCAAAUUGACCUCCCUGUGGCCAGCUGCAAUGAGAAAUUAGAUCUGUGUGUUUUCAGACGUUGCAAGAAAGGAGAAUAGAGAACAGAUGUGCUCUCUUUUUCUUCUUUCAAUGGACUUCAGAUACUAGCAGUUUGCUCACUUUCUUUUCCUUCUAAGUACGGGAGGAACUUUUUAUUUUGUUACAAUGCAGAUCUCUAAAUUUAAUUGAGUGAUUUGAGUUCACCAUCAGGCUAAACCCUGGUUAUGAGGUUUGGGUGUUUAGAUAGGUGUUACUUCAUGGAAAACACGUGGUAUGUAGAACACAGACAAGCACAUAGGAAAAAUCAUGACUUUUAUCAAUAAUACAAAACUAUGCAAAGCAUAGAUCUGGAUCAAUUCUAAUAAGCUCCAAGUUGGAUAAACUUCAAAAGUACCACCACUUGAAUGUUUCAUUUAUAUAUUUAUCAAGAUUUAUAAGGCUGCCCAACUCUGUGAUUCUGGGCAGCAUACCACAUAAACACAUAACAAUAAUUUUUAAAACUAUCAACAAACAACUGGUACUGUAGAUAUAAAAGCUAACAGCCACAAUGUAAAAUGCAGCCAAAUACAGAACAAAAUAAACUUCAGAGGGUAAUCCCCACUCAAAACAUACAAAAUAUGCAGAUAAAUUGUUCACUGUUUAGUGGUCAUAAAUUCUCAAUAGUUAAGAUUUGU